ACGAAAAUUCAACGACUACUUCAACAUCGCCCAUUUCCUCUAUUUCAUUUUUCACUUCGAAAGAGUUGGGAAUGAUGACGGCUUCGUUGAUUUUGGUGUCUAUGAUUGGAACUUUUCAGAAUCUCAUGGUGAUAGCAGCGUUACUUUUCAGUAGAAAUAAUUUGCUACAGAUACCGUCUAACUGGUUCGUCUUAAGUUUAGCCACAGCUGACUUCCUAGUCUGCGGCGUGAGCGUUCCCCUGUAUAUUGCACAUCUGCAUGUUUUCAUUUGGCAGCAUUUCCUGGCUUUUGGUCAUUUCACUACAAUCAUCAGUGCCGGAAGCUUGUUUUUGCUAACCUUCAACCGAUUCCUAUCAAUUUACGACACGCUAAGUUACAUGAAAAGGAUGACGGUCUUUCGCGCGAAAUCGUUGGCGAUGGGCAUGUGGUGUGCGGCAAUAUCUUUGGCGAUUAUCAACACCGUGACAAAAAACUACGUUGAAAAAGUUGCCGUUUUCCUAUCCAUUGCGUAUUACCUGAUGAUCAACAUCUUAACAGCCGGGUUUCAUGUGUACAUGUUUCGCAUAUCCUGGAAUAAGACCAAAGCGAUCAGAGGCCAGAGACUUGCGGUAAUGUCGGGGCAGCAGAAAAAUGUGAUGCAAGAGUACAACCAUCUCCUUCGACUUGCGAUCAUCGCAGGGACGUAUGUGAUAACGUGGGUGCCGUUUAUCCUAACACUCUCUGCAACCCCAGACGACGAGGAACGCAGAUCCAGAACAUUCCAACGGAAAUUCGCAUUGUUUUACACACUACUCUCUAUCAAUUCAGCCAUUGAUCCUUUCUUGUAUUUUCUACGAAGCGAAGAAUUCAAAAAAGCCACCAAAAAAAUUCUACGAAUCAGGUCACGAACGCAGAACCGCGUGCGACCACAAAUGAAUGCAUUUCACAUCAACAGAGCAUUUUGACUUUAAUCUUUAUAUACGAUCUAUAGGACAAUUAGGUAUUGUAAGUGUUGCAGCAUAGACCCAGCGUAGCUGUUACUCAAAUAUAUAAGAAAAUUCAACGAUGUUCUUGACUCAAGUUACAAUUUAGUCAAGGCGUCAAAAGAUUUUCUUUUUCAUUUUUUUCGUUGAGCUAUAUAGUGAGCAUAAAUGUUUGUUCCUACGCAUGAUCCAACCUUGUCAGAUCCAAUUGACU